AUGAGUUUCGGCUUGCCCAGAAGGAUACGUCAUGUUCAGUAUGUGUAUAAGCUGAAGCCUUUUUUCGUGGUUGAAAACUACGAGAAGGAGUUGGUUCAGUGGACGAGCACGAAGCAUGACGUUGAGGAUAUUACUACGUUAAGUGUUAUCAACGACGAUACCUCGCGAUCAAAGGUUCAAGUGUGGUUGAGAUUUUCCCAAGGGAUCGAACAGUCGCAGGUCGUCGGAUACGGGUAUGAGAUAUCUCCAGACAUGGCAGAUUCGUUGCGGAGCUACGAGGUUUUUUUCGACGAAGCGGAUGGACUAUCGGAACGACAGCUGUUCGUUGACAGGAUGACGGAAGUCGAGGGCGCGCGGAGAGGCGUGCUUGUUGAGCGGAGGGAUGUGAAGGAUCGGAAGAUCGUGCGAAGGAGAGUUUUGUUUGAAAGCGAAGAUUAUACCAUGGGACAGGUGUACAAGAGUUACGAGAGAGGGCGAAAGCAGCGUCGACUAGAUUUGAGCGAAACGUCGGUUGAAGAUGGGGAUGAUGUACAUCAGAUAACGAGGUGA